AUGGGCAAGAAGCGUGUUCUCGUCGGCUACGGUGUUGACAUUGAUGCCGUCGCUGGCUGGCUUGGUUCAUAUGGCGGAGAGGACUCAACUAGUGACAUCAGCAGAGGUCUCUUUGCCGGUACCCAUGGCACAAGACGUCUUCUGAAGCUUUUCGACAAGUACAACAUCAAGGCGACAUGGUUCAUCCCAGGUCAUUCGCUUGAGACUUUCCCCGAGGAGUGUGCCAUGGUGCGCGACGCGGGCCAUGAGAUCGGUCUGCACGGCUACUCUCACGAGAACCCAAGCGACAUGUCCUUUGAGCAGCAGCAAGACGUUCUGGACAAGACGUUCCGCCUUCUCACCGACUUCUGCGGCAAGCCUCCACGAGGCAGUGUGGCGCCGUGGUGGGAAGUCAGUGAGGCUGGCACGGAGCUCUUGUUGAGCUACGGUAUCGAGUACGACCACAGUAUGGGCCACGAGGACUGUCAGAUGUACUGGCUCCGGACGGGCGACACGUGGACCAAGAUCGACUACUCCAAGAAAGCGGUCGAUUGGAUGAAGCCCCUCGUCAAGGGCAAGAUGACGGGAUUGGUCGAGAUCCCUGGGUCAUGGUACAUUGACGACCUACCACCAAUGAUGUUUAUGAAGAAUUCAGCCAACAGCCACGGGUGGGUCAAUCCCCGCGACAUUGAGGAUAUCUGGAAGGAUCACUUCGACUACUACUACCGUGAAUUCGACGAGUUCGUGUUCCCCAUGACUAUUCACCCCGACGUCUCUGGUCGGCCCCAUGUCGUCCUCAUGCAUGAAAGGAUAAUUGAGCACAUCAACAAGCACGAGGGUGUGGAAUGGGUAACAAUGGAACAAAUGUGUGAUGAGUUUAAGAAGAAGAACACUCCUCCAGAGGGAGCCUUGAUGCCUGCUCCGGCUGGAGAGAUUCUGAAACAACCUCCUCGAAACUAA